AUGUGGACUUUUACACUACUCCUGGUUUUUACAGCUAUAUGCGGAACCAAUAGUGAACCAGUCUGGAACAAGCCGACUGAAAAAAGUGUCAGACAAAAACGACUGCUCUUUUACGAUGAACAAGGUCAAUUAGUGAAAACCUAUGGAAGCCCUUUAUAUCAUUUUGGUCGGCAGGAACAAGAAAAUUUAUUUCAAUGGAGUUUCUUGAACAUGUUUCUAAGUCCAGUAUUUCCGACAACGCUAGGUAGGAAUUCCAUAACCUACAUGGUCCCAGUAUCAGACGCAGUAAUACAUCAGAUCGAUAAGGAUCCAUUGUACCAGAAUAUGGUCUUCGUACUCAGUUAUAAAGAUCCGGUUGUAGAGACAAAUCCUCUCUGCGCUGGUAAGAGAACUCAAAUCCCGUCUCCAGAAAUGUGCAACAACUUCUUGAAUUGCUGGGACGGCUGGGCCGUGGAGCAAGAAUGCCCCGCAGAUCUUCUAUUCUCUUCUGAAGGCUUCUGCGACUAUCCUUUUAACGUCGAAUGCAAUAAUAGAAAAAUACCAGAACGUCCAGAGCCAGCAUGCAAAACUGACUUCCAAGUGUUUGCGAGUCGACACAAUUGCAGUGAAUACUUCGUGUGCGUCAACAGCAUUCCAGUUAAGUUCCAGUGCCCUGGUGACCUUGCCUACAGCGAGUAUUUAGGUGUUUGCGACUAUCCACAUAUAGUUGAAUGCAACAUUACUGCGGCAACAAACCCCUCAACCACUCAAUCAACAGAAGUUCCAGAAGUAUUUAUGAGCUCAACUCCCCCAGUCAGUACCACGUCGCCACCUUCGACAUCUUCAUCGUCAACAGAUCAGAAAGUCAUCAAUAAGAUGGAAUAUAACAUGCGUAGUUGGACAUCCACUCACGUUGCCAUCUCCCGCCAAGACGCAAUAAGACAACUUCAGCUUGAAAAAAUCGCUCAAGUCAAAACGAAGAAAUAA